AUGUCCAAGAUUUAUUUUUUUCACCGAUGUAUCAAUUUCUUCUAUCAUAAUUUCUGCUUAAGAUUGUCUCUUCCAGAUGUUGAAGACCUCAAGGAUUUUCUCCUGGAAACAAUCAUCAAAACAGAUCUGAUCAGGCUGAUAGCUGAUGAUGAACCCUGGGAAUUAUUUGUGGAAACAACAGAGUUGUCAAGCGAGGAGGGAGCUGCACUGCGUGAUGCUCUGAAGGAGCAUUUAGCAGGGGAGCCCACAGAUGAAAAUGACGGGCCUCAAAGGGAGCAGCAGAAAGAGCUGUUUUUGAGAGACUUUCCUCCAUUGAAAGAGAAACUUGAGGACAAUAUCAGGAAGCUCCGAGAGCUGGCUGACCACAUUGACCAGGUGCACGAGGGCUGCAGCAUCUCCAAUGAGAUGUCCAGCUUUAUUGUUGCAGCCUCUGGACUCCUGGGCCUCCUUGGUUUGACUUUGGCACCCCUUACAGAAGGGGGCAGUCUGGCACUCUCAGCAGCCUCCCUGGGACUGGGAGCAACAGCCGGUGUGACUGGUCUUACAACCACGAUUGUGGAAGACUCGAUGAGAGGUUCAGAUGAAUCUCAAGGCCGUCGCCUGCUUGACGCCAGCAUGAACAUACUUGAGGAGAUUCUAGAGAUCAUGCCUAAGAACAGAGUCAAGAUUUUUAAUCCAGGUGUGGAGUUAGCCGAUGCCUUAAAAACCCUCAAGGAUCAGAUCCCAGCCUUCAACACAGACAGAUUUUUCUCUGGUCUUGGAAGACAGACCAGGAACUUCAUCUCUACUGGAAGAAGCGCUCUCUCAGUGACCAGAGGAGCAGCCCCAAGUUUCUUCCUUGCAUGGGAUGUGCAUGACCUUGUGAAUGAAUCAAAGGAUCUGUAUGAUGGGGCAAAAACAGAGUCAGCUAGAGCACUGCGGGUCCUGGCUCACAAGCUGGAGGAGAAGCUGCAGGAAUUCGAGCAGAACUACAAGGCUCUGCAGUCAGACCUGCCUCAGUGAAUGUUAAUCUAAGCAGCUGAGUGUUCAUGGAGAUGAUGUGUACAUGGGUGGGGACCUUUCUUUUUUCUUAGAAUUAAUGUCAGAAAUAUUUACUUUCUAAAAGAUCCCACAGAAGUUGGUAGGAAGGGAGAAGGUUAAGUUAAGGUUACCUGUAACCUGGGUUAAGGGCAGAGCUGCCUAAAGAAAUAGUGGCUGGAGCCAACGACAGGGACAUGGGGAGUGGAGAUGGCAGUGCAGGCCUGUACAGUGACACACAACCCUGCAACAGCAUGCUGUAACAAGGGAAACACCCUGAGGUCAAGUGCAUGGAAGAGAUUGUUGUGGAGUUUGAACUUCUCCAGCUGAGCAGAGCGAGGUCAAUGUAGAUGGCAGAGAUCCCAGAAGAAGAGGAAACUGGAGUCUAAAAGGGGAUCUGAGUUCCAGCAGAGUGGAGAAUCCACAGACAAGUCAGCAUCCAUCCCUCUAACAACACCCUGCUGAAACUUAACGUCUGUGGCAUCUCCACAGGGUCAUGUGCAGGAUCUUCUAAAUACUUAGCUAUCUGAGAAGUGAUAAGGUUUCAGUGGGUUUGUUUUUUUUUGUUGUAAUUUUUUUUCAUUGAUUUUUUUUGAGUGUUGGGACUCAGUUUCCAAUUAGGAAAGCAGAAAUCACUUUUUACAGGUUAGUGUUUUGUUUUUUGUUUUUUGUUGUUUUUGAUGAUGAUGAUGAUGAUGAUGAUGAUUAUGUCUUUGAUAUGUAGCUGGUCUGGAAUUUCGAGGUAGAGCAGAAACUUGUGAUGGUCUUCCUAAGUGUUGGGAUUUCUGUGCCUGUACCGCUGUAUUGAUAUAUCUUGAACUAUAGUAUAGAUUUCAUUGCUUGUGCUAAACAAUAUCUGUGUGUGAUGACAAGUGGCUAGUGUGCCAUACAUUUGAAAUCAUAUACUAUGCCACCUUUCAGAUUGGCUUUUACCUAGAAAUAUGUAUGUGAGAAAUAAAAAUUUUAAAAGGGGG